AUGGCAACUUACGAGCUACGUGUCUAUACCGCCGUACCCGGCAAGAUGCCAGCGCUGCUGUCCCGAUUUGAGAAUGAGACUCUGAAGAUUUGGGAAGGACUUGGGAUCAGACAACUAGGCUUUUGGACGACCCUAGUUGGCCCCAACAGCAACGAACUGACCUACAUCCUCGUCUGGGACUCUCUAUCUGAGCGAGAACGGAAGGUCAAUGCUUUCGCUGCUGACGCGGAGUGGAUUGAGACGAGGGCGAAGACGGAGAGGGAGGCGGGGGGUGCGAUUGUGGAGAAGAUUGCGAAUUUGUUUUUGAGUCCGACGGGGUUUUCGGCGUUGCGGUGA